CACUGCUGACCACGAUGAGGGGGCUGCUCGCGUUCACCGCUCUUUUUGUGUCCGUUCUCGCCAAGGAGACGUUCGAGGGACAUCAAGUGCUACGGAUUGUCCCGAAGAAUGACAUCCAACUGUCUCUUAUCAAGGAUCUGGAGAAACUGAUAGAGUUUGAGUUGGACAUCUGGAUGGGUGUGACCGAUGUUUUUGCUCCUGUGGAUGUCCGGGUCCCCUCUCAUAACUUGCAGUCUUUCAAGAGUUACUUGGAGAACCUGAACAUCAAGUACUCCACCAUGAUUGAGAACCUGCAGGAAAUCUUGGAUGCAGAGCAGGAAGAGAUGGACUCUGGGGCACGUGCUGCUGAGCCGAGGAAUACUGACAGCUUUGACUACUCCAGGUACCACCCCAUCAAUGAGAUCUACAGUUUCCAGGACAUGCUGGUGGCUGAAAAUCCCAACUUGGUCAGCAAGAUUGUGAUUGGCCAGAGCUACGAAGGCCGUCCGUUGAAUGUGCUAAAAUUCAGCACUGGGGGAAGCAACCGUCCUGCCAUCUGGAUCGACACUGGAAUCCACUCCAGAGAGUGGGUCACUCAGGCCAGCGGCAUCUGGUUUGCCAAGAAGAUAGUGAAGGAGUACGGACGUGACCCUGUUCUUACUGCCAUCCUCAACAACAUGGACAUCUUCCUGGAAAUUGUGACCAACCCUGAUGGAUAUUACUUCACACACAACUCUAACCGUAUGUGGAGAAAGACAAGAAAACCAAACUCUGGUUCUUCCUGCAUCGGAGUUGAUCCCAACAGAAACUGGGACGCUGGUUUUGGAGGGCCUGGUGCCAGCAGCAGCCCCUGCUCAGAGACCUACCGCGGACCCAAGGCUCACUCCGAACCUGAGGUCAAGGCCAUUGUGGACUUUGUGAAAUCCCACGGCAACAUCAAGGCCUUCGUCUCCAUCCAUUCCUAUUCUCAGAUGCUCAUGUACCCCUACGGUUACACAAGGACGCCUGUCAAGGACCAGGCUGAGCUGCAUCAACUGGCCCAAAAGGCCGUCACUGACCUGGCCUCCUUGUAUGGGACUCGCUACAAAUACGGCAGCAUCAUCAGCACCAUCUACCAAGCCAGUGGUGGCACCAUCGACUGGACCUACAACCAGGGGGUCAAGUACUCCUACACCUUCGAGCUCAGGGACACGGGCCGCUACGGCUUCCUGCUGCCCGCCACUCAGAUCGUUCCCACGGCCGAGGAGACGUGGCUGGCUCUGACGGCCAUCAUGGACCACACGUUCAGGAAUCCAUAUUAAUGUGUGUUUCUGUGUGGAGGCCCCAGUUUCACUCCUCUAACUGCUCAUUAGUUGAACUAAAACAAAAAAAUAAAAGUC